CCCUCACUGCACCAAAAACAUUAAACACAUUGCAUGAAAGCAAUAAACUGAGAAAAUGGAGAAGAAAGUUUGCUUUAGAGUAACCCAUCUAGUACUAGUCUUCCUUUUCAUGGUUGUGAUUGGUUUUACAAUGGUUGAAGCUCAAAAGUGCAAGCCAAGUGGCAAACUCAAGGGGAAGAAACCACCCAAAAACGAGUGCGGGGACGAAUGCUGUGAAGCCGGCAAGUUUUACCCCACUUACAAGUGUUCACCACCCGUGUCGCGGCGUACAAAGGCAAUUCUGACCAUUAACAACUUUGAGAAGGGUGGAGAUGGCGGCGCACCUUCUGAAUGUGACGGCAAGUUCCACUCCAACAAAACACCAGUGGUUGCUCUAUCCACAGGAUGGUUCAAUAAGAUGAAAAGGUGCCACAAGAACAUCACCAUCCAUGCAAAGGGAAAGAGUGUGGCGGCAAUGGUGGUGGAUGAGUGUGACUCGACUGUUGGGUGUGACUCCGUUCAUGCAUACCAGCCGCCGUGCCCCAAUAAUAUUGUUGAUGGUUCCGAAGCAGUUUGGAAAGCUUUGGGAGUCCCUAAAAAAGACUGGGGAUGGAUGGAGAUCUACUGGUCUGAAUGAUUUCUAUUUACUUUUUUGUGAUGUUGCAUAGCUACUGCAAUAAGUCUUGUUUAUGUGUUACAAAUGCUUUCUGCAAUAAAUUGCUGUUCAGUUUCCACAAAAUACAAGAAAAAACA